AUGUGCGUGUCGCUGAUGCUGCUCCUCGUCAUCAAGAGCCUUAUGGGCGAGGAGGCAGACCUCAGCAGUUACAGUUUCUGGUGCAAUGUGCCGGGGUACUCCGUCGUUGAGGCUAGGUUUGGUGCCGAGCAACACUUGCUAUGUCUGAAGAUGGUGCCAAUAGGAUCAUCCCAGCUCACAAAAUUGUCUCGUAUUUACCUUGAGCCAGACAUAGACGAACGACCGAUCGAGGCAUUCAUACCUGGCAACGUGAAAUUGGUUUCUGGGUUCCCGUUGGUGUCGCCAUCUGCCGGCGCAGCUGAGGGAUAUAUCGGGAAAGACGGGCAUUUUUACGGGGUCCUGCAUCUGGGUAACCGCACAAUGUACGCAGACCCAUACAACCGGGAUGACCCGCACAAGAUAUUUGGACCGUUCGAAGACGGUAGCUUCGUGAGCCAGCAGGCUCGACCGCGCCGCCAAUUUGCUCAGCAUCCCCACCUCGACGCAAAAGCGAUGCUAGAGACAGAAGACCCGCCUCCAGGCACGGCGCGAGCGAGGAUCUGUGACCUUCUGCUGCUGGCUGAUAAGGAGUUCUACGAUAAGGACGCACAUGGUAGCCUCAACCACGCUGUGAGCCGCAUGAUCCACGCGGUGGCUCAAGCGGACAUCAUCAUCAGGAACGCAGACUUCGACGAAGAUGGUAUGCCAGAUAACAUCGGUUUCUCAGUGAAGUACAUCCUAGUCCUGGCAUCAAAAGACACAAACGCACGAGUGUUCGGUAACGCUCUGGACCACUCCGUUGACGGCCGAACCUAUCUCAAGAGGUUUUCGCGUCUGCGUCGGCUGGGCGAGGUCUGUCUUGGCAUAGCGUUCUCUGGACAUUCGUUUCAGAACAGGACACUUGGUCUGAGCUUCACAUCGCUUGGCGGCGGAAUUGGCGGUUCAGCAGGCGGGCUCUGCGAUCGCCGCAAGUUCGGACGAUCCUUUAACACGCUUGCCAUCGCGCACGCUACUGGCAGCGGCGACGAACGAGUACCAGAGCGGAUUGCUGCGCUCACGCUGGCUCAUGAGAUUGGCCACAGCUUCGGAGCUCACCACGACGACAAUUUCCCCAACAAGCAAUGCCGCGGCUUCCUCAUGGGCGCGCAAUCUACUGCUGCGGACAGCCCAUCACACUUCGAGUUCUCGUUGUGCAGUAAACGACUAAUCUCAUCGACUCUGGACACUGUCAGCCACUGUCUUUAUGAGGAGUGGCGACCUUUCUGCGGGAAUGGUAUAGUUGAAGAGGGUGAAGCUUGCGACUGCGGGCUGCCUGUUCGCUGCGUGUUUAGCGACCCCUGCUGCACUCCUCGGACCGGCGGCGCGGAGCAUUUCGACCAAGGAACACUGCACAAAAGUGGCUGCGCCGUGGCCCCGACGGCAGCCUGCCAUCCUUCUCAAGGUCCUUGCUGCACGAGCAAGUGUCAGCUCGCUAACCUCACAGAAUUCGGAAUUGAUUGUACGACGCAACAACAAGUGUGUGCCUGUUCGGAGGCGUCCUGCCAGUGCGGACUGGGCGGGCGCUGCCUCAGCGACGGCAGUUGCCACGCUGCUGAGUGCGCAUCGCAGGGGCUUCGAGAGUGCCAAUGCACGACAAAGACAAUGGGAGGCAGACUCAAAGAAACCAACAUGUGUGGUGUUUGCUGCCAGCUCCCGGGCGCUAAGCAGUAUUGCGUCCCAGCGGAGAUCGCUGCUCAAGCCCGCAACGACAGUCCUCUGACGUGGCUACCUGGUGACUAUUCUGGCCCGACCAUAGCGAUAAGGCAGUGCGACGCAUGUCGACCGACGCUCAUACGCGCGUGGCCCAUUGGCAGCUGGUGCGUCACGCUCAACAGCGUCGGCGUUUGCGAUUCGAACUUAAUUUGCGUGGCGAAAGAGCGGCCGCGAUCUAACCAGUACCCGGACACAGUGAAAGUGGCAAUGAUGCGGCAAAGAGACACCAACAGUAAACAAUAUACAAUACAAAUAGUACCCUCACUUGUGUUCUGCUUAUCGGUAUUCAUUAUGGUGAAAUAA